GUAAUUAGAAAGCCCCUCACUGUUCGAAUGAGAAAACAAUGCUCACUUUAUUUAAUUGGAUUAUUGUUUUAAUAGUCAUUCUUAUUUAUGGUUUGGGCGAGUACAUAUCACUAGUAAAUGGGUUUAAUAUCGAUUUAAAAUCUCCACUCCUCAAAACUGGACCAGAUGGUUCUAGUUUUGGUUUUUCCUUAUUGGGAUAUACUCACUUUUCAGGACAGAAAGGGGUGGUCAUAGGAUCUCCAACAGAGGGAAACAACGGUGGACUGUUUUGGUGUCCACUUUUGAGGAGCACGUGUAGUAGGAUCGAUAUUGAUCUAGAAAAAGAGACUCAUAUGCAACCUGGACUAAAUGGAGCACUUUUAGGAUAUUCAAUGUCUUCAGCUUUUAACAACAGCCGGGGACCGAUUACUGUUUGUGCACCUCGUCUUUCAUGGUCAUCAGCAGCAUCUGUUUAUUUACCUGGUGGUUGCUUUGAAUUUAAUGAACGUUUAGAAGAGCCUCAAUUAAAUCCUGCACCAAGUGCAAUUUGUUUAAAUGUUAAAGAUUCUGAUAAAUCAAUUGAUCUGAGAUAUUGUACAUUUGGUGCAUCAGUUAAUCAACAUCCUAAUAGGCCAAAACAAUUAUUUAUGGGUGGUCCACAUUUUUAUUUUGAGAAAGGUGUUGGGGCUUCAGUGAAUACAAACACCUUUGAGCGAGUAAUAACCUCAGUUGAAAAUAUUCCUUCAAAUACACUUCUUGGUUCAUCUCUUGACACUACCGAUCGAUUGUAUGCACCAUUACCGGGAUUAAAAUCACAUGAAUUGUAUGUGGCUUAUGGUGGUCCAGGUGUACCAAGUAGUGCUGUAAAUGGUUUCACUGAUAAAACGAAAUUUGGCACUGGAAUCGUAUUAAUAUUUCAAAGUAAUAAACAAAAUGGUAGAAAUAAUAUCAAACCAUUAAUGAAAAUAGAAGGACAAAGUUUUGGCAGUCGAUUUGGUCAUUCACUUAUAUUUCUCGAUAUUAAUGGAGAUGGUUGGGAUGAUCUAAUUGUCGGUGCACCUUAUCAAUAUUCCAAUACGACUGUCGGUGGACAUAGAAGACACGGAGCAGUGUUUAUAUUUUUAAAUAGACAAUCAUAUUUCUAUACACCAAUGGAUGAAGUCAGUGGCGUGGAGUUGUUUAGUUAUAAUUAUCCUGAAACUUUUCAAAUAAUUACACCUCCAUCUCAUAAUUGUGGUAAUUCACAUAUUCCUGGAUUUGGAGCGACAAUUACAAAACUUGGUGAUAUUAAUCACGAUGGUUUUCAAGACUUUGCUGUCGGUGCUCCUUAUGAAGACAACGGUGGUGCAGUCUACAUAUAUCAUGGAAGUAAAUCUGGAAAACUUCAAAAACCAACACAAAUAAUCUGUGCAAAUGAUUUGCAAAGUCCAAGACCAUUAGAAGGAUUCGGAUUUUCACUUGGAUUGAAUGGUGCCGACUUAGAUGAAAAUGGUUAUCCGGAUAUGGCGGUUGGAGCAGCUUUGUCUAGCUCUGUUGCAGUGUUACGAGCUAGACCUGUAGUCAAGCUAAGAGCAUAUUUAACAUUAAUGGAUGGUAGUACUACUCUGCCUAGUUCAUUAAAUUCAUUAGUGGAUUGUACUCAUGAAGCUCAAUCGAUUACUGGAUAUAAAGCUCCGUCGGCUAAAUGUAUUGAUAUGAAAUUAAUUCUCACAUACACCAGCGUUGAUGGUAUAUCUUGUAGUCCACAUAUAACGUAUCCAGUAUCAAUUUUAUUAAAAUACAAUCCAACCAAUGAAUGGAUUUCAGAAGGUUGGGAUCAAACUUCACAAAAUCAUCCACCAAAUUACGAAAGUAAAUGCACCUAUAAUCAAUAUUCAACUAUAAUUUCCAAAAAUAUUAUGAAAGAAUUUUAUAAAAAUUAUACUUUAUCACCAAUUGUCUUUAUACGAGAGAAAAGUUUAUCAAAUAGUGAAAUGAUUGUUAAAGAUUAUUUUAAACGUAAUGAAUCUGCUUAUCUGACGGGUUAUGAUAGUCCUGGUGGAUAUUUACAAUUAGAAGGUAAUGCUUUUUGUCGUGAUCUACACAAAAUAAAAGAGAAUAUACCAUUCAAUCAAGAUGAAUUGAAUUUAGCUAGUACAUUACGAAUAAUAUUUCGAGAUACAUAUUUGAUUGAUCAAACUGAUCGUUUAAAAAUUGGUGUCAAAUGGAUUGCUAAAAUGACUGAACCAUAUCCAUUAGCUGAUCAAAUUGACGAGUAUCCUGUAGCUGAUCCACGUGCAAAUACUGAACUACUUCAGAUAUCUUUUGAUAAUCCCUGUGCAGUUCGACAAUGUUGCCCAACCGUAAGAGUUAGUUAUAAUGUGAAAGUAACCAGAGAUAAAAAUGGACCUGUUGUUUAUGUGGGUGAUGAUAAUAAUCAAACAAUUGAAUUAUCCGUUCGUGUAACAAAUAUUGGCAAUGAUUUAGUUUAUGCUACUGGAUUAGUCAGUAAUUUUCUACCAAAUUUAUUGGAACUUGAUUCAACUCUUAAAGAAGCCAGUUUAAUUCAACCGGAUACAGCAAUCUGUCAUCUUCAAUAUCCAUUGGCUUCUGGUGAAUCAAGUGAAUGUAUGAUACGAUGGCUUGUAAUCGGACAUCAGUUAACUGUACAAAUGGCUAAAUUUCAUGUAAAUAGUACUGUAUUAAUAAGUUCUAAUAAUCCCAUACAAGUUGAAGGACAAUUAACUAAUGAAUUACAAGUAAAUAUUAAAAUGAUUGUCAAUGUUUCAGUAUUUGGAACAACUGAACCGAAUACAAUUUACUUUAGUGGAAAUGUUAGUGACGGGAUUAGUUCAAUGUCAGCAGAAAAUCAAAUUGGUGAUGUUAGAAUUGUUGGAAAAUUUACUGUACGAAAUUUACGUAAACAUAGUUUAAUACCAGCAUCACGUCUGAUCAUCGAUUGGCCUUUUGAAUUCGCUGGGCUCAUCAAUGAACCACAUGGAAAAUAUCUUCUCUACUUGCUUGAAAAUCCUUAUGUAAUUCAACAUGCGCUUCCAAUUCCUGGUCAGACAGUAGACAAUGAAACUAGUGUUGUUUGUGAUUCUAAGGCAUUACAGAAAGUUGUUAAUCCACAUAAUUUCCGAAUAUUUUCUAGAUUAAGAAAAUCAAAUGAUGGUGUACCAGUACGAACUGCGUCAAUUAAUAUCCCUUCAAACAACCCUUCUCCGUAUCCCCCACUAUCAGACAAAAUGAUCUUGGAACCAGUUCCUGAUCGUUUAGCAGAUUCAAAGAAAUUAGUUGAUCGAAAAAUGACUACAAUUAGUUGUUAUAAUGGACGUAUACGAUGUGUACCAAUUAUUUGUGAUUUAGGCAAGUUAUCCUAUAAAGCUGGACCAAUUACACUUGAAUUUAUCGCUAGACUCUGGGAUAAUACAAUGCGAGAAGACUUUUUAAAAGUAUUUUUGACUAAACUACAUCUGACUGCAACAUGGAAAGCUGAUGUUAAAUAUGGCAUUGACCUUGGCGGUUCGGAUUAUGCACAAGAUACAUGUUUUAAAGAAUUUAGUUACUAUAAGCUGACAAGUUGUAUAUCCGGUAUUAUAAACCAUGAAAUGGUCAGUAUUAGUCAAUUAUAUAGGUAGAUGUUAGUAUGUCUUAUUUUUUAAUAUGUAGAUAAUGAAUAUCCGAUCCGUUUACUUCUAUGACUUUAAAAAUGUAUAUUGUGGAUAUUUAGUAUGAUCGAAUUCACGAUUUCCAAGUUUAGCUGCAAAUUGAUUGUUCAUUUAGUAUUCAGGGUUUAAACACUCUUCAACUUCAGUUAAUCCAUAAAUAUAACUUUACCAACCUUCGGUAGUGAAAUGGUUAUUCAUCCUUACUUACAAAUCCAUUGUUCCUACAGAUCAUGCACAUUGAAGUUCAUAUAUUUAAUAAUUUAGAGCAGAAACCAAUCCCUCCAAAAUAUAUGGCAUUAUACAUAGGAUUAGCUGUAUUUGGAGGUUUACUAUUGUUAUCUAUUCUAGUUAUUAUACUUUAUAAAGCCGGUUUCUUUAAACGUAAACGUUUCAUGCGAAGACGAACAAAAGUACCGCCUACAGAACCAACCCAAAGACUUGGUCAAUACACUUCAACUGAACCAAAGCAAAGACAGCCGUUGAUUUCACCAAUUCAAACAACCUAUCAUGACAAUAGAAAAGUCACUUCAAGACGAACAAAUUAUCAUCCAGUGCCUAACACACAGGAACCAGCCUAUCGUAGGACACCUUAUUCACCUUCAUCUGACUUUCCUAUUCCACAUAAAUAGUAGAUACUACAUACACUGAUUAUUAUAGAUAUAGAUUUUUUUAUUUUCUAACUUAACAAUUGUCCUUUACGCGUAAUUCAGAAGACUAUCAAUAAUCACAACGAUAUAUAUAUAUAUUUCUCGACUGCUGCUCCGAAAAUAUACACCACAACUACAAAAUGUCCAAAUCCUAUCAUUUUACUCAGAAUACUUUUCUAUUUGCUGACAAUGUUUUCUCUUACCAAUCUUUUUGUUACUCAAUAUGCCAAUUAUCAAAUCAACGAAAUAAUUGCCAACUUUUUCUG